CCUCGAGCACGCCCGCGCCUUUCCUCCGGCGCAGAGUGGCGCCCCCGGGGGCCCCCAGGGCACCCCGGCUCGGGAUGGGCGCCGCGGCUGGAGCGGCGUGGGCUGCUCCGUAUGGGGUUUGUGUCCGUGGGGUGCUCAGGUGGCGCGGGUCUCCCCACUGACCGAGAGCCGGAUCCCCCCAUGCAGACCACCAGGACCCCCAUUUCCGCAAGAAUGGCCCAGAUGUCCCAAGUGCAGGAACUCUUUCACGAGGCAGCCCAGCAGGGGGCCCUGGCCCAGCGCCAGCCCUGGUGGAAGAGCCCGCUGUUCGUGUGGGAGCCAGUGCUGUUCGGGACCUGGGACGGUGUGUUCACAUCCUGCAUGAUCAACAUUUUUGGGGUUGUCCUUUUCUUGAGGACCGGCUGGCUGGUGGGAAAUACCGGCGUGCUCAUGGGCAUGUUCCUGGUGUCCUUUGUCAUCCUGGUGGCCCUGGUCACCGUGCUGUCUGGCAUCGGUGUCGGGGAGCACUGUGGUGCUGGCAGCGGUGGCGUGUACUCCAUGAUCUCCUCGGUCCUCGGCGGGCAGACCGGGGGCACAAUCGGGCUGCUCUACGUGUUUGGACAGUGUGUUGCAGGUGCCAUGUACAUCACCGGCUUCGCCGAGUCCAUCUCAGACUUGCUGAGCCUUAGGAAUAUCUGGGCCGUGCGAGGAAUUUCAGUUGUGGUGCUCCUGGCCUUGCUGGGCAUUAACCUAGCAGGUGUCAAAUGGAUCAUCCGCCUCCAGCUGCUGCUGCUGUUCCUUCUGGCUGUGUCCACGCUGGACUUUGUGGUGGGCUCCUUCACACACCUGGAUCCAGAACAUGGUUUUAUUGGGUAUUCCCCGGAACUGCUACGGAACAACACUCUGCCAGAUUACAGCCCUGGGGAGUCCUUUUUUACUGUCUUUGGGGUGUUCUUCCCAGCAGCUACAGGAGUCAUGGCCGGCUUCAACAUGGGGGGUGACCUGAGAGAGCCCGCUGCCAGCAUCCCCCUGGGCUCCCUAGCAGCCGUUGGCAUCUCGUGGUUUCUGUAUAUCGUCUUUGUCUUCCUGCUUGGCGCUAUCUGCACCCGAGAGGCCCUUCGCUACAACUUCCUGAUAGCAGAAAAGGUGUCCCUAGUGGGCUUCCUGUUCCUUUUGGGCUUAUACAUCUCAUCCCUGGCCUCCUGUAUGGGAGGGCUCUACGGAGCCCCCCGGAUCCUGCAGUGCAUUGCCCAGGAGAAAGUGAUUCCUGUACUGGCCUGUCUGGGGCAAGGGAAAGGGCCAAACAAAACACCUGUGGCUGCCAUCUGCCUGACCAGCUUGGUGACCAUGGCUUUUGUCCUUGUGGGUCAGGUGAAUGUCCUGGCCCCCAUUGUCACGAUCAACUUCAUGCUGACAUACGUCGCGGUGGACUACUCUUACUUCUCCCUGUCCAUGGGUCCCCAUGGCCUCCCCCAGGUGCCUGAGGUGCUGCACGGGGAGGGCACAGGAGCUCUCUGCCGCUCUGAGCACCUGCUCUUGGAGAAGGCUCUCAGCUAUGGCUCUGAGGGCACUGCCCCGAGCCUCUCUGAGGGCACGCUGCUGGAAUUCACCAGGGACAUGGAUCAGCUCCUGCAGCUGACCGGGAGCCUUGAGAGUGGCCAUCCCAGGAGAGGAGAGAGUGAGAAGGGGAAAGGCAAGAAGGCCCCCAAGCAAACACUGCAAGACAGCUUCCUCUUGGACCUCGAGUCCCCGGCUUCCUUCCCUGCUGAGGACUCUGACGGGUUGCCCGCUGCCUCCGGGAACAGGCAGAAUGCCAGGAGGGAAGGGGCUUGGCCUGGGGGAGCAGGUGGAGAACAGCUCUUUCUGGAGCUGAGUAACCAGCUUAGGCCAAGUGGAGAAGGUGAGUGUUUUGGUCAUGCUGUGGCUUCCGAAUUUGCAGUGACCCCUGGCAGCCUCACAGACCCAGUUAUCACAACCCUCCCUCAAGUCCUUAGGUUACUUGCCUUUCCUACUCUGUUUCCACAGGCUGUCGGGUCCCUUCUCAUCAUGUUUGUGAUUCAGUGGGUCUAUACCCUGGUUAACAUGGGUGUUGCUGCCAUUGUGUAUUUCUACAUUGGUCGGACCAGUCCAGGGCUUCCCCUUGGAUCAGCCUCCAGCUUCAGCUUUUUCAGAUGGAUGAGGUCUCUCCUGAUGCCCUCCUACAGGAACUUGAGAUGCCCCCAAGAGCAGAUAAUUUUGGCACCAUCCCUGGCUAGGGUUAACAUGGAGAUGACUCAACUCACCCAGGAGAACGCAGAUUUCGCCACUCGGGAUCGCUGCCACCACUCCUCCCUGGUAAGCAGGGAGCUGCUGAUGCCUCAGUAUUAGAGUACUCAGUACUCGGGCCCCCUAGGACGUUCCUCUCUUGAAGCUGUCCAGUGCACAGUGGACUCAAAUCCCAGAACAUUUGUGGAGCUGGUUCUGCUCGGAAAGGAACUCAAAGACCUGGCCUCCUACUGCCAUUUUGGACAAUGCAAAUGUGCAUUCUGGUCUGGAGCACCACAGCUAACCAGGGUGGCCACUGGGACGGUGGUGGCCCCUGCAACAUGCAUCCAUUCUGAAGAGCUCCACAUGGACACCAUGACUUGAAGGUGUGGAGAACCAGAGCAGAUGGCUUGUUCUGAGAGCCACAAUAAACGGUUAUUAUUUUAAAUUUCA